AUCCCGUUUGUGCCUGGGGUAAAAGGUCACGGUGACGGAGUGGAAGGAAACAUGAAACAGCAUGCCCCCCUUCUCACAUAAAUGUUUACUUACUUUGCUUCAUUUUCUGUGAAACACGACGAGUACCGGAGGUAGAAGUGCACUUGUUUUGCUGUAAAUUAACCCAGUCUGUCCAUUUACUGUAAAGUUCCUCCGUUUUCGGCUAUGGACCGUCCUGCACCGACAGCAGAAUACAGCAGAGCAAAGAAUGGAACUCCAACACCUGAAGCGGCGUGUUGUGUUCGCGGCUCCGGUGGAGGUGUAAUCCCGCGGCUGUACCGGGACGAGAUAGUACAACUGGUCAAAUUAGCAGCUCCAGUGGUCAUUUCCCAGCUGAUGGUGUUUCUGAUAGGUCUCAUCAGCAUGGUGUACUGUGGUCACAUGGGAAAAACAGAACUUGCAGCUGUAUCACUCGCAGCUGCGGUGGUUAACAUCACUGGUAUUUCCAUUGGCACUGGUUUAUCAUCAGCUUGUGAUACCCUCAUAUCUCAGACGUAUGGGAGCGGUAACUUGAAGCGUGUGGGUGUGAUUCUCCAGAGGGGGAUUCUUAUACUACUGCUGGGCUGUUUCCCCUGCUGGGCCGUCCUCAUCAACACUGAAGCUAUCCUACUUGCUUUCAAACAGAGCCCAGAGGUCGCCAGUCUCGCCCAGCUGUAUGUGAAGAUCUUCAUGCCUGCUUUGCCGGUUACUUUUAUUUACCAGCUGCAAGGGAAGUAUCUUCAAAAUCAGGGAAUUAUGUGGCCCCAGGUUAUAACCGGAUUGGUUGGAAAUUUGCUAAACGCUCUCAUCAACUACAUCUUCCUUUAUCCUCUGGAGCUGGGUGUCGCUGGAUCUGCAGCAGCCAAUGCUAUCUCACAGUGUUCGCUGGCUUUGCUUUUAUUCAUUUACAUCUACUGGAGGGGUCUGCACAAAGCCACUUGGGGAGGCUGGUCAAUUGACUGUCUACGCGAAUGGGGUGACUUUGUGAGACUGGCCGUUCCCAGCAUGUUUAUGAUUUGUCUGGCGUGGUGGACGUUCGAAAUAGGAGGAUUUCUGGCUGGUCUGAUAAGCGAGGUUGAGCUGGGCGCUCAGGCCAUAGUGUACCAGCUGGGCACUAUAACUUACGUGAUCCCACUAGGAUUGACAGUUGCUGCCACAGUACGCGUUGGGAAUGCUCUUGGUGCAGGAAACGUAGAGCAGGCCAAGCUGUCCUGCAAAGUCCCCCUCAUAUGUACAUUCGUAGUCGCAUGUGUUGUCGGAGCCGGUCUGACCAUCAGCAGAAAUGUCAUUGGAUACAUUUUCACCACAGAGCCAGACAUUCUUCAGAGGGUUGGUGAGGUCAUGCCUCUAAUAGGUUACAUGCAUAUUGUCGACGCCACUGCGGGAGCAGCUGCAGGUGUUAUUAGAGGAACAGGGAAACAGUUGUUUGGUGCUCUGUGUAACCUGGUGGGAUUCUACUUCAUUGGUUUACCUAUUGGUUUGUCCCUGAUGUUUGCAGCAAACAUGGGCAUUGUGGGGCUGUGGACAGGACUUGUCACUUGUGUGACACUGCAGUUGACUGUUUUUAUCAUAUUUUUGUGCAAACUCGAUUGGAAUAAGGCAGUUGAAGAGGCUCUUGUGAGAGCAGGAGUCCAGAAUGCAGAAGAAAAAGAGAUGGUUGAGUUGGAGCAAACAGACUUGAAUCAGAAGCAGGCCUCGGUCACCACAACCGCAUCCGGCUGUGUGAGUGCUGAAGAGGGGGGCACAGACCUAGAAGAGCAUGAUCCAGGCCACAGUCAACUACAAUCCACUACUACUACUACUACUACUACUACUACUGUAGGGGAUGUGCUAUCAGUGCGACAGCUGGUUUUACGGCGUGGCCUGGCGUUGUUAGUCAUGGUUGUGAUCCUUGUCGCUGGAAUCAUAAGUAGCGACUUGCUAGUGAGGCAUUUAAAAGAAUAACACUAUUUUAUAAUGUAUAGUGAGAGAGGGCUGCUCAUCCUGUUCUGUGCAGCUUUCAAUCACUCUUACUGUAGCUACAUAUGCUUUAUGUUUUUUUCCCUUACUGCUGUGUAGUUGUUGUAGUUAAUCAAUUAUUACUCAAAGAGCCAAUAAACAGUUGGAGUUGCAGUUUUCUAAUG